GCGUCGCUUAGCAACGGGCGGCUGUUGGUAAAGAUGCCGCUGCAGGUUAGGGAUUACACUUGGGACCAGGUGGAGAGCCAGCUUUUUAUCACGGUGCCACUGAAGGGAGUGACGGCUGGGAAAGCGGACAUUUUCUGUAUAGAGGAUUAUUUAAAGGUGAACUUUCCUCCAUUUCUGUUUGAGGUAAUGCUAUUUGCUUCUAUUGAUGAAUCAAAAAGCUCUGCUAAAGUUGGCAAUGAUGUUGUUACCUUUACCUUGUGCAAGAAAGAAUUGGGAAUGUGGGAGCAACUUACAACGACCGAAGUUAGUAAGGAAAAGUUGCAGAAAAGGAGGGAGAAAGCAGUACUUGCUGCUCAAGAAAAGGCGCAAGAAGCAGCAAAAGAAAAGGCAGUUAAAAAGCGAGAAAAUGAGAAGUACUCAUUGGAAAAGAUGAUGAAG